AUGCAAAAAAUUUCUAUGGUCUGUAAAAUCCUCUAUUUCAUCGAUAUAUCUGAAUUAGCUUCUUCUUGUAUUCGUGUUUCAGUGAAGUUUAUUAUUUUGUAUGAAAUGACAAAGAAAGAAAAUGCUAAACGGAUCAAUUUUGAUCUCAAUAAAAUGGAUAUUUAUUUUCAGUUCUAUUCCACAACUGAUGGCUCUUAUGAUGACUAUAGUUUUGCUUGUGCCUCUGAUUUUGAGAUUGGCGAAUCUAGGAAGGUUUCAUUGGUGGCCGAAUCUGAUUGUUCGAUGGAUGUCGAAAAUGAGGUGGGUGAAAUUAAAGUGCAUUUGGGAAAAUCAGAGAGAGAUUGUCAAAUCUGUCAUCUGAGUUUGGAGAGUACUGGUCCUGAGUCUGGGAUUGCCAUUGAAUUGGGUUGUUCUUAUAAGGAUGACUUAGCAGCAGCUCAUAAGCAUUGUGCUGAUACUUGGUUCAAGAUUAAGGGAAACAAAGACAGAGGGAGAGAGUGGAAAAACAAUGGUCGGAGAGAGUUGGAGUCUGACGGCAAAGUUGUGCGACUCAUGCAAAACGGCGCCGGCAAACCUGUUUUGCCGUGCUGA